CAGACAAAAAAGUUAAUCUUUGGAAUAUAAAUAAAAUAGGAGCUGAGCAAACAAGUGAAAAAGUAGAAGAUGGACCUCCGGAACUGUUGUUUAUGCAUGGUGGACAUAUUGAUAAAAUUUCAGAACUAAGUUGGAAUCCUCUUUAA